AUGAUGGUGGCCUUUCGCCGAGCUUCUGUUUUGCUGGUUCUGUUCCUCGAAGCUUUUCUGCCCCCACCACAGUGUGCCCAGGACCCAGCUAUGGUGCAUUACAUAUACCAGCGCUUUCACGUCUUGGAGCAAGGGCUGGAAAAAUGUACCCAAGCAACGAGGGCAUACAUUCAGGACUUCCGAGAGUUCUCAAAAAACAUAUCGGUUAUGCUGGGAAGAUGUCAGACCUACACGAAUGAGUAUAAGAAUGCAGUAAAUAACCUGGCACUGAGAGUCGAACGUGCCCAGCGGGAGAUUGACUACCUAGAAUACCUUCGAGAAGCAGACGUGUGCCUAGAAUCAGAGGACAAGACACUGGCAGAAAAGCUACUUCAAGAAGCUGAAGAAGAGAAAAAGAUCCAAACUCUGCUGAAUGCAAGCUGUGACAACAUGCUGAUGGGCAUAAAGUCUCUGAAAAUAGUGAAGAAGACUAUGGACACAGAUGGCUCUUGGAUGAAAGAUGCUACCAGUAACUCUCCAAAGGUGUAUUUCUUAAUUGGAUCCAGAAACAACACUGUUUGGGAAUUUGCUAACAUGCAGGCAUUCAUGGAGGAUAGCACCAAGACAGUUCCCCGGAAGCUCAUCCUAACACUUUCCUGGCAGGGAACUGGCCAGGUGAUCUACAAAGGUUUUCUAUUUUUUCACAACCAAGGGACUUCUAAUGAGAUCAUCAAAUAUAAUCUGCAGAAGAGGACUGUGGAAGAUCGAAUGCUGCUCCCAGGAGGGGCAGGCCGAGCACUGGUCUACCAGCACUCCCCAUCCACUUACAUUGACCUGGCUGUAGAUGAGCAUGGGCUCUGGGCCAUUCACUCAGGGCCAGGCAUCCAUGGCCAUUUGGUUCUCACGAAAAUUGAGCCUAGCACACUGGGAGUGGAGCAUUCCUGGGACACUCCAUGCAGAAGCCAGGAUGCUGAAGCCUCAUUCCUUUUGUGUGGGGUUCUUUAUGUGGUCUACAGUUCUGGUGGCCAGGGCCCUCAUCGUAUCACCUGCGUCUAUGAUCCUCGGAGAACUAUCAGGGAGGAGGACCUGCCCAACUUAUUCUUCCCCAGGCGACCAAGAAGUCACUCCAUGAUCCAUUACAACCCCAGAGAUAAGCAGCUCUAUGCCUGGAAUGAAGGAAACCAGAUCAUUUACAAACUCCAGACAAAGAGAAAGCUGCCUGUGGAGUAAUGCAUUACAGCUGGGAGGCACAGCACCGUGGCACUGGCAGCUGCUCUCUAGGACACUGAGGCCACAGCCCUUUCACAAUACAAUAUCCCUCUAAUCACACACACAGGAAUAGCAUCUAGAAGUGAGAAUACACAUGCAUCCUUUCCCAGAUGUCACUGGUAUCUUCCCAGAGCUUAGAUGAGAGUCUAUCAUUAGGAAAUUUUCAACAAUGUCCAUUACUUAUCCAAACCUCUUUGCUCUUACGGCUUACCACAUUCUGAUCCAGCUUCCAGAUGUCUCUUCUACUGCUCUCCAGCAUUUACUCUAACUCUGCCCUCUUCUCCCCAACACUUAGAAUUGUAUGCCAUCCUCUAAUAUUGGCUUUUCCCUCCUCUGGCCUUUGCUAAAGCUUCUCCCUCUUUCUUAAAUGCCUAUUGAUAUUAUUACAUUUUUCACUGCCCAGUU